UGGCUGGCGUGGGUAGAAGCGGACCAAUUAGCAAGCAGCGCGCGCAAACUUCCUAGGCUAGGAAGCCUUGUCUACACCAGACUGAGGUGACCUGAAGUCCGUGGCCCUGUGGUGAUAAGGAAACUGAGGCUCAGACUAUUUAAGUGACUUGCCCAAGGUCACACAGCUUUUUUUCUUACAAGGCUAAUUAUUACAAGGCACAUGUCAGUGAAUCAGCAAGAUCUGGAUCCAGACAGUACUACAGAUAUGGAAGAUGUUACAAAUGCUGAAGAAGAACUUAUUAAAGAAUGUGAAGAAAUGUGGAAUGAUAUGGAAGAAUGUCAGAAAAAAUUAUCACUUGUUGGAACUGAGACACUCACUGAUUCAAAUGCUCAGCCAUCAUUAUUAAUUAUGCAAGCGAAAUGUUUGACUGCUGAACUCAGUCAAUGGCAGAAAGAAAGCCCUGAAAUAAUUCCACUGAAUGAAGAAGUUCUAGUGACAUUAGGAAAAGAAGAGUUCCAAAAAUUGAGACAUGAUCUUGAAUUGGUACUCUCUACUAUUCAAUCAAAGAAUGAAAAGUUAAAGGAAGACUUGGAAAGGGAGCAACAGUGGUUUGAUGAACAACAACAGAUACUGGAAUCUCUUAAUGUACUACACAAUGAAUUGAAACAUCAGGUUUUGACAUUUUCUGAAUCCAGAAUCUUUGGUGAGCUGAAAACUAAAAUGCAUGAUAUAAAAGAAUAUAAGGAGAAGCUCUUGGUUACCUUGGGUGAGUUUCUGGAAGAUCAUUUUCCUCUGCCUGAUAGAAAUGUUAAAAAGAAAAAGAAAAAGAAAAACAUUCAAGAAUCAACUGUACAGCUGAUAACACUGCAUGAAAUAUUAGAGAUUCUUUUAAAUAGGUUAUUUGAUGUUCCACAUGAUCCAUAUGUCAAAAUUAGUGAUUCUUUUUGGCCACCUUAUGUUGAGCUGCUCCUUCGUAAUGGAAUUGCCUUGAGACAUCCAGAAGAUCCAACCCGAAUAAGAUUAGAAGCCUUCCAUCAGUAAAAGAUGGUCUCUUUUUUACAGUACUUAACGAAUCUUGUCAUUUAAGGAUAAUAGAAACACUGAGGAUUUACUUGGAUAAAGAACAUUAUUUGCAAAUCAAAGUACGUAGUCCCUCUUCCUUUUAUCCAUAAAAUGGUAUGUGCCAUCUACUAUUCAUUUAUAAAUGGUUCUUUCAAUUCAGUCAGUGCUUUGGUGUUUUCAACCGUAUGGAAAAGAAUGCAAGUAAAACUAUUCUAGACUUAAUCAUUCUAAAAAUUUUGAUAUACCUUCUGCAGUAUUCUUUGGGAAAUUAUUUGUUAAUUUAUAAUAUUGCUUGUGUAAUUUUUUCCUUUUGAAAUUUAUGACAAGUUAUUUUAUGCAUUUUGCGUUCCAUUUGGUGCUUAUAUCUUUAAAUUUAGGAAUUAUAAUGGAAAGUCCAUGUAAUUUGCAGGUAGUUUUUAAAUUGAGAAUAUCUGAUGUAGAUGGAGUACAUAAUUUAAAAGUAUGUAGUCAUUCUGUUCCAUAAAUCCUGCCUUAUUUCUGGAUUUGUUAAAAAUUGGAACAGAAAAAACUAAUGGGUUAGGUAAAGUGAAAACUAUAUUUUAGUAUGUAUUAUAUAACAAGCAAUACUAUAUAUUAAAUCAUUCUUAAUUCUCUUAUUGUUUAAAAAAAAUUGUGUUCAUAAAAUGUUGUUGUUGUUAAUUCUCCAUGACCUUUCUAUAAAUAAAAUUCUCUUAUCUAAAAAUCUCUA